UAAAGCACAGUUACCGCCUGUAAACGACCGUCAACAAAGAUGGCGGUGAAAGUGGUUCGGUGCUUUAUUUAUCUUUUACCAGUUGUUUUAGCCCAAAAUGAAUACAUUCCCAUCAUAACGAAGGAUGAUUGUACGACCGUAACAAAUUUAGGACAACAAUACAAUCAAUAUUUCAAUACUUUGUCGAUGAGAUGCACGUCCUGCUUACAAAAUACAACAUUUCAAGACGUCAGUUCUGAUGGUUACUCAUGUGAAUGUAAAUCAGAUUACAAGUAUGUAACUAAUUUUGGAGGCGCAAACAUAUGGUGUAGCAAGUGCCCAUUAAAUCAGGUCAGAUCAGCUGAUGGCUGGGGCUGUGUCACUUGUGAGGCAGGGACAGCAUGUGCUUGUGGGGGCAACAAUGUAGCAGUGGAGAGGGAGGUUAAUGGAGGGCUGGUGACGACUACAGGGGGAGGGGACGCCCGGGUCUGCCAGGCAUGUGCUGACUUCACCAGUCCCAAUCUCAAGGGUGACAGGUGUGAGAGAUGCAACAUGUUACUAAAAAUAAAUCCUACCUGGAGAACAUGUACCUGUCCUAGUGGCCAGCUGAGUGGUGGAAUUUGUUUCAAUAACACCAUUAGAUCCUUCCAGAUCACUACAGUACCUUUAACUAGUGGAACAGCUGAGUCGACGUAUGUGAGAGAACAUGUACAGGCAGCCUACCUCAUGUGUAGAGAUUUUGUAAACUCCACGGCUUGCCAGAUUCUAAGUAACCUUUGUGUGCUAUCUUGGUUUGAGUAUGAUGCCUCUCUCACCGAGACUAAGACUUGUAACCUGUACAGAAAGGUCCCCGAAAAAAACCUCCCAGCCACACUAGGACAGGAUUGGAAUGCCUACCUCCCUGUUCUGUAUUACUCCCAGGAAGGGGACAGAAUCCUGGAUGAUGACUCUCUAACUACGGAGUACACAUUUAGUCCUGUGUCUUACCUGGAGUAUCGUGUAGGACGGUACACCUUAAACGGAACAUACCUAGGCACGUCGGAGGUUAAAGGUGGACGACUCCAGCUUUGCUCGGACACUACCUCAAGACUCAAUGCAGCUUAUACAUUUGGCACUUACUAUGAACAGUCUUGUUCCAUUCCUGCGAUAGAUCUUUGGGACACCCAGAAAUACCAACUGGAGUUCUUUGACUUAUAUAUUGAGAUUACACGAAAUGGAGAAAAACAACUGUAUGCAGCCCCAGUGAAAAUCAACAACCUGGUGUUUGGAGGGGACAAAGUGAAUACAGGUUCCAGCACUAGGGACUGGAUUCUGACGCGGAGAUUUUUCCUGGUGGAUAACGUAGUCACAACAGGAGCAGACACUUCUGGAGGCGGUACUACACCCACCCCCUCCCUGCCUCAGUAUGUGAGAUACGCCAAGAGUAUCGAGAUUUCUGUCACCCUUUACAGCACCCUCCCAAAUGGACGUAUAUAUCCUCCUCUGAUGACUAUCACAUACGACCAGGUGUCACUCAUCAAUGCCCAGGCAGGAGCCUCCAUUAGUCCCACAUUUAAAGUGAAGUACAACAUGGGAUUAGAUUCAUACAGGAAAGAUUUCCAAAUUGCCGUGGGAACACUGUCAACAUUGGGAGUGAUUUUGGCGGGGUAUAAAACGUGGGUGUGGUCAAAGAGAGCUGGGCGUCUGGCCAUUGAUUUUGCUUCUAUCAUCAACUUUGUGUUUUACGUCAGCGGCGUCCUGUCUAAUGUCUUUUUCGUCAUCACUUUUGGAAUUGCAUUUUACUUCCUUAUCUUUUACAAAAGACAGAAUUAUGUGUAUCUAUUCCUGUUGGAUGGAAUCCAAUAUGAGGAAUGGCUGGGUCUCUUUGGAUCAGCCUUUGCCCUGAAAUGUCUCCAGGUAGCUCAUAUGAUAGCAUCACAGUGCACGGUAGACAUCUUCUUCAUCGACUGGGAAAAACCCAAGGGAACUCUGGGAAUCAAAUCUGACGGCAGCAAGAAAGAGAACCCGGUGUCAAUAUGGAGGACAUACUUCGUGGCCAACGAGUGGAAUGAGAUUCAGACUUGCAGAAAAAUAAACCACAUCUUCCAGAUCUUUGCCACAGUCUUCUUUCUGAGUUAUGUUGGGUUUGAGAAUGUGGCCACCAAGGACCCAAAUGGACAAGUGGUGAAGAGUUCGUCAGAUUAUCAGGCACCGUACGACACCAUGUUUAGAUACGCAAUAGGCGCUCUAGUAUAUCUUCUUGUUGCAUUUGUGCAGUGGUUAUUUUUUACACUCAUCUAUGAGAGAUUCUUUGAGGACAAAGUUCGUGAUUUUGUGGACCUGUGUUCCAUGGCUAACAUCAGCGUCUUUAUCAUGCACCAUGCUCAGUAUGGCUACUACAUUCACGGUCGCUCAGUCUACGGGAAGGCAGACACAAACAUGAAGGAGAUGUUUGAGAUGAUGAAACGAGAAGAGAAAGAUUUAGUGGGCCAGAGAGGACUUCUUCCCAACACAGAGCAGCAGACAUUUGUUAUGACGUUACCACGGAAACUUCGUCUGAAAUACGAGGAAGUCCUUCUAGCUGUGGCACUGGAGGGGGCAGGUGGAGGCCCACAAGCGGGGAAGGAAAAGGGAGGAUUAACAGACAAACAAGUGGAGGCAUACAACGUCAUUAAUAAAUUCUUAUCUACUUUUAUUGACCAUUCUUUGAAGAAUCUGGACUACCAGGUCAGAGAUAAAACACUUCUGGAGAGCAUUAUGGAUACAGAGUUCUUAGAUGCCUCAGAAAAGGGAUACUUCUACAAUGAUGAUGGGCAUUCCUUUGACCAGUGUUUGUUUUACGGGAAUGAGAUCACACUACUUCUGUUUGAUACCUUACUUUUCUGUAUCAUCGAUCUCAUCGCUACAAACUUUGUCCUCUCAGGAAUCAUCACUUACAUCAUCGUAGAGCUUGUUGCUUUAGUGCGAGAUCAUGGAGGAAGGAAAAACUUGGCAAAGAAAACCUUAGUAGAUGAGCGAUUCCUGAUAUAGUGCUUAAAUCCUGUGAUAAUUAACUGAGCAUUCCAAGGUUGUGUAUGACAAAGUUGCUAGUUGGAUGAACGAUUGUUAAAAUUUGCCAUUAUAUUUUAUGUUUUAUAUGCAUGUAUUUAUAUUUUGAAUGUAUUUUUAAUGUUUAUACAAUUCUUUUAAAUCUCAGACUAACCGUCCAUGAUAUUUUUGCACGACUGGUUGUAAAAAAACAUACAUAUAUACUAGUACGUAGAUUAUGUGAUAUUUUUAGUGACCUAGUUAAGCCUUUACCGGUAUUUCAUUAAUUUUAUACCUAAGACAAAGUUAUUUCUCAAUUUAAACUAAACAAUCAUAAUAUAUGUGAAUUACAUAGGAUUGAAUACUUUUUACUUUUAUUUGUAAAUGAUUGUGAAUUGAUAGGUUAUUUUACUGCAUUUACAG